AACAGACAAGUGCUGCCUCCACUUUAAUUAUGCAUUUCCCGUGAAGUUAUUCGGAACGUAUAUUCUAUAUAUCUGCCCUGCAAAAUAACUCUUUGCAAGUCUGGAGAUCCAAAGGUAGGCUCUCUCCGUUUAUCGACAUCACGUAAUCAGACAACAGGCGCGUGCACAGCCUACCUACUAAUUCCGAGCUGAAUAAAACGCCAUGAAUCCAAACUCCAACCCUACAACUGGACAUGGCUCCAUACAAAAACAUUGAGGACACUAUGGCCCUACUUAAUCUCCCUAACGAACUCAUCCUUUCCAUCGCAAACUGUUUAGACCAGAGUGAAUCACUCUCCCGCUUCGCCCGUACAAAUCGACAUGUUUAUAGUCUAGUCAUGCCGCUCCUUUACCAGCACAACAUCACAUAUGGCGGGUGCUCUGGUAUCAAAGUGCAGCUAACUCCUCUAGAAACAAAAGACUUCACCUCGUGGUACUUCACUCAGCUUGAUGAGGACCUAGAAGAAUAUAACAACCCUUCCAAUCCCACCACACCAGAGGGUCUCCCAACCCCAGUGACAGACAAGAUACGGACCCGUGAUGUUGUGAUCAGUCGAUUUGUCGAGUAUGGUGCCAAUAUAGAUAGCAUUCGUCUAGAUGAAUUCGACCAAAGACAAGAAGAAUACGACCAAGAAGAAUACGAAGAACAAGAAAAGACUCUCCUGAAUUACCACGCAACAUUGCGAAACUCCCUGGCGGUGUUCCUCAUAGUGAAGCAUGGCGCGGACGUACAUAUAAGUAGUGGUUAUGAAGCACGUACGGCGUUGCACCAGGCCGCGAUUGGGGGUCGCCCGAAGAUCAUUCGAUUCCUGAUUCAAAAAGGGGUGGAUGUGAACGCGCGGGACUGGGAGGGGAGGACACCGCUCCACUUCGCAGCAGACAAUGGCCAUGUCGCUGCUAUUCGACUCCUAUGUGAAAAUGGCGCUGAUAUCGACGCACAAGACGAGUUGGGAUACACUCCGCUCCAUCUCUUGGUGAUGAAGAGAAAACCGGCCCCGGAUUCAUGGUAUAUCCAGGCGCUGAAGGCAAUGCUUGAGCUCGGCCCUAAUACCGAAAUUGGAGUGUUUGAGGAUAACAAGACGCCGCUACACAUCGCAAUCCUGAACCGACGAGAUAAGGACUUCGUGGAAAUUCUAAUAGAAUCGGGGAUGUAUCUCAAUUCUCGGACGGUAGUAGGACAGACACCUCUAUCAUGUUGCGUGGAGAGAGGAAGCAUGGCCAUAUUCAUGAUGUUGGUCAAAGCGGGCGCCGAUAUUCACACGAGGGACGAAGACGGACACUCCAUUCUCCAGAAUGCACUAGAAAAUGGAGGUCGCGCGUAUGAUUGCUUGCCAACGCUCCUAGAAACUGGCCUGUUUGCCCUAGAUUCCGAUGCAGGGUAUGGAAAGACGCUGGUGCAGGUCUUGAGAGAUCUAGACUGGUUGUAUAUGCUUGAAAAUCGGGUGAACGGUGUGCCUGAGGUAGAUGAGCUUUUUGAACCUUCCAGAAACGUGCUUUAAGGAUACAGGAUAGAGCCAGGUUAUAGAGCCAGGUUGUCAGAAUAUUCUACAAGGCUAAUAUCUUGGUUUCACGUGGUAUAAUGGGAUGCUGCCUCUGUGGACCCAAAUGUCGAUGUAAUAAUGAGAGGCUAGACCGACGCUGGUACUGAAACAAGUCUUAGAAAAAAUAUAUCCGUUAAACGCCCGCUUAAUCGAGGUAAUCCGCCAGCCUCUUUGCGCGCCGCACAUGCCAUAAUAACUCUGCCCCCACGCUACCUGGACUUCAUCAUCUCCAGAGCUUGCUGAGCCGAAAUUCGCUCGGACGGCCUAAACUUCAUCAGCCCCUGAAUAACAGGGAGGAGGGGCUGCAGCUCGGCUUCAUGGAUCUGAUGUUUGAAUUUGUAUUCGAGCCCU